CUCCAUGGAGAUCAGCUUGCCCGAGGGCUUCCCCAGCCUCUCCCACUGGCUCUACAAUCAAACUGACACCGUGCUCCAGGGCUUAGUGAAGCAAGGGGACCCUCAGCAGGUCAUUGAGUACUCUCUGGCCCUCAUCACCAUCUUAAAUGAGUACGAGCGCUCGGUGCUGCUGGAACCUGAGGCUGGGAACGAGUUUGAGCUCCGGACCUGGACUCGCAACAACAUCACAGAGACCCUGAACUCCCUCAAUGUGAACACAGUGGAUGACAUCCAGCAGAUCUCAGCUGCCCUGGCACAGUGCACGGUGGUGAGCAAGGAGCUGGUUUGCAAGUCAUGCCUGACCAGGACCUUGAACAAGCUGGAGACCAUGAUGACCAUUCUGCAGGGGGAAACGACCCAGGGCACAGUGACACCGACUGGCAUCGCCGACAACAUCCUCAACAUCACAGGUGACCUGAUUCAUCUUGUCAAUACAGUUUCACAAGAAUCCAAGCCCCAGGAGCUUCUUGGUGAUUCCCACAAUUUGCUGCUAGCUCCCAAAGCCUACAACCUGUCUUCCAGCCUGAUGCGCAUCCUCAUGAAGUCUCGAGUGCUGAAUGAAGAGCCCCUCGAGCUGGUGGGAGGAGAAAUUAAGGCCAGAGGCAAGAGAUCUGAUCCCUUCAACUUGCUUUGCUAUGAAAACACACCAAACUGCCAGUUCUCCAUCCCCCAGGCAUUCAACACCACCCUUUCCAACCUGACGGAUGUCAUUCAAGUCAUGUUCCAGGUGGACUCCAACCCUUUCCCUUUUGGGUACAUCAGCAACUACACCGUGUCCACAGAGGUGGCCUCCAUGGAGUUCCAGACACACAACGGGGUGCAGAUCCCCAUUGGGAGCCUGGACUCAGAGAAAGCCAUCACUGUAAUGGUGUCCAACAGCACGGGGGCUGACAACCUCUCUGCUGGCACUGAAGUCAUCGAGGCAAGAACGUCUGUGAACCUGAUUGUGACCAUGGAGAGCAACAACAGAGAGGCAGGACUGCACUUCCAGCUCACCUACAGAGUCCUCAAUGAUCAGUACCUGGCGAGCGAGCCCGAGCCGUUCAUCAUGGCUUAUCUGCACCACGAGCCAGAGCCCAACCAGCACAACUGCACUGCCUCCAAGAGGAUUGGCCUGGAGGCCCUGGCUGGAAGUGACCACAAGCUCUACACCUUCUUCACCUCACCCAGAACUGAUGACACCAUCCAGAAAUACUACUUGAACAUCACAAACCACUUCAGCUGGUCCCCAGUGGAGGUGACCCUGGGGCUCUACACCUCCCUCUGCCAGUACUUCAGCGAGCAGGAGAAACGCUGGAAGACAGAAGGCAUCAUCCCUCUGGAGGAGACCAGGCCAGACCAGGCUGUCUGCUUGACCCAGCACCUCACUGCCUUUGGGGCCAGUCUCUUUGUCCCCCCAAACUCCGUCCAGUUCAUCUUCCCUGCUCCAGGCCCAGGUCUGAACUACAUCGUGCUGCUGACGUGUGCUGUCUGCUUUGUGACCUACUCGGUGGCGGCGCUGAUCGUGCACAAGCUGGACGUGCUGGACGUGGGCAGGGCUGGGGUCAUCCCCUUCUGUGGCAAGAACGGCCUCUACAAAUAUGAGAUCCUGGUGAAAACUGGCUGGGGCAGAGGAUCAG